AUGCCUGGAAAAGUAGAACCAACAACUGAUGAAAAAACAACAAAAUCAGCAUAUGUAGGUGCUGUACCAAAUUUACAAGCCGAAGCUCUUAUGUCAUUAGGUCCACCAAAUAAUUGUGGAAAUGUACCAUCAAUUCGACUUUUUCUUCUUAAAUACAAUGCAUUUCCAUGUACAAUCUAUUGUUCUGGUGAUGAUACUAGUGCUUUAUUGCAUGCAACAACUAUUGUUGAUUAUAUUCGUGAUGAAUUAAAACAUGAUUUAGCAACUGAUCGUAUAUCUCGAAAUUAUCAUCGUCAAACAAAACAAAUGUAUAUUGAUUCACGCUUUGCUGAUCUAGGAAAUGGUAUGAUGAUCGAACUAAGUGAUUCAUAUUUUAUAACUGAUGUUCAAAAUCCAAAUAAAUUAAAACCUGAUAAUUCAGAAGAUUAUUUCUUAAUACCAUCACAAGUAAUUAUUUAUUAUUUACCUGAACAUGAUACAUAUGUACAAGAAUUAGCACAACGUUUUUCUAAAAUGACCGUAUUCUCAUCAAAAUCAUGUACUUUACAAAUGGUUUGCCGUAAUCAACAUGGUUAUUAUCUUAAUAGUAUUGAUAUUAAAAAACCAUUAAUUACUGAUCUUGCACUUCAUUAUGGUAAAAAUUUUGUCUCAACACAUAGUAAAAUUAUUAAAAAUUUAAAUAAAAAAGAAAGCAAAGGAAUUGUUCUUUUACAUGGUAUUCCCGGUUCAGGAAAAACCCAUUAUAUUCGAUAUUUAAUUCAUGAAAUCGAAGAAAAAACAUUAAUUUAUGUACCACCAGAUAUGGCAAAAGAAAUUUCUUCACCAGAAUUUCUUCCAUUUCUUAUGCAAUAUCAGAAUUCAAUUCUUAUUAUUGAAGAUGCAGAAAAUAUCAUUAAAGAUCGAAAUGAAUCUAUACUACCAUCACAAGCUGUUGCUAAUCUUUUGAAUUUAUCGGAUGGUUUAUUAGGUGAUGCUAUGCAUCAACAAAUUAUUGCAACAUUUAACUGUGAUCUAACAACAAUUGAUCCAGCUUUAUUACGUAAAGGACGUUUGAUUGCAAAUUAUGAAUUCAACAAAUUAGACUUAGAAAGUUCAAAAAUCCUUUCCGAUAAAUUAGGAUUUGGUACUGAAAAUAUUCUUGAACCAAUGACACUUGCUGAAGUUUAUAAUCAAGGUGAAAAACCAGAAGAAGAAGAUGAUGAAGAAUCAGAUAAAAAAGAAAAAAAAACAGUUCCAACAGAAAAUGUCUCAGCAACGAAUGAAUCGAAAUAA